AUGAUUAUAGUUAACAAUGCUCACAAAACCUUUACUUCAAUAAUAUCUUCAUCCACACUAACACCCUCAAGAAAUCAUGUUUUCUCACUACGUUUUCUUAUUAUAGGAUGGAUAACCACAGGAAAUUUGGCUGUUGCGCGGUAUCAUCAUGUAUCAGUCACAUUAUUAAAUGGAAACGUAUUGGUUGCUGGUGGAUACAAUGGUGCUUAUCUCACGAGUACUGAACUGUAUAAUCCAUCUACAGGUAUUUGGACAACGACAGGAAAUAUGAAUUCUGGACGAUAUUGGCAUACAGCAUUGUUAUUAUUAAAUGGAACAGUAUUAAUUAUUGGUGGAUAUAAUGGUAGUUAUUUAAAAAGUACCGAAUUGUAUAAUCCAUUGGCAGGUAUCUGGACAAUAGCAGCAAAUAUGAAUGUUGCACGAUACUGUCAUACCACAACCGAAUUAUUAAAUGGAAAAAUAUUAGUUACUGGUGGAUAUAAUGGUGCGACUAUCGGCAGUGCAGAAUUAUAUAAUCCAUUAACAAAUACUUGGACAAUGACAGGAAGCAUGAAUAUUGCACGAAGCUGUCAUACAGCAUCGAUACUAUUAAAUGGUACAGUAUUAGUUGCUGGUGGAUAUAAUAGUGGUGCUCUCGUUAGUGCAGAAUUGUAUAAUCCAUCUACAGGUACUUGGACAGUGACUGGAAGCUUAAAUGUUGGACGACAAAUUCAUACAGCAUCUGUUUUAUCAAAUGGAACAGUAUUGGUUAGUGCUGGAUGGGAUUCUAGUGUUUGUUUCAAGAGUGCUGAAUUAUAUGAUCCAUCAAAAGGUACUUGGACAAUGACAGGAAGUCUUAGUGCAACACGAGAAGUUCAUGCAGCAUCUGUAUUAUCAAAUGGGAAAGUAUUACUCACUGGUGGAUGGAAUGGCAUUUAUCUCAAUGGUGCUGAAUUGUAUGAUCUAUCAACAGGUAUUUGGACACAGACAAAAAAUUUUACUGUUGCACGAUCAGCACACACAAUAUCGAUGUUAUCAAAUGGGCAAAUAUUACUAAUCGGUGGACAAGGCAUUGGUGAUAUUUAUCUCAACAGUGUUGAAUUGUAUUAUUAA